CCACUGGAAAUGCAGCAAGGAUUCCUAGCACAUCCCAGUUGCCAUAGCAACAGCAGUCUUUCCCAUAAUGAGCUGCAUCAUCUGAACUGAUGUCACAGCAUCAUGCAGCAGGUCAAACAAGGCAUCUCCUAGUAUUGCAUCCUACAGAUGUGCUGUAAACAUCAAAAGAAGACGCCCGGAGCAGGAGAUGCUGUUUUGGAAAGAAGUAAGGCUUAGAUUUCUCCAUGUUAACCAUGAGCGUGACACUGUCCCCACUGAGGUCACAGGACCCGGAUCCCAUGGCGACUGAUGCCUCCCCCAUGGCCAUCAACAUGACGCCUACAGCAGAGCAGGAAGAAGGAGAGGCAGAAGAGGCCAUGAAGGACAUCGAGGCUGAGCAGCAGUACGGAAAGCCACCCCCACUCCACACGGCAGCUGACUGGAAGAUUGUCCUACACUUGCCUGAGAUUGAGACCUGGCUCCGGAUGACCUCAGAGAGAGUCCGGGACCUGACCUACUCAGUCCAGCAGGAUGCAGACAGCAAGCAUGUGGAUGUGCAUCUGGUCCAGCUAAAGGACAUUUGUGAAGAUAUUUCUGACCAUGUGGAGCAGAUCCAUGCCCUCCUUGAGACGGAGUUCUCCCUCAAGCUGCUGUCUUACUCAGUCAAUGUCAUCGUAGACAUCCACGCAGUGCAGCUGCUCUGGCACCAACUCCGAGUGUCCGUGCUGGUCCUGCGCGAGCGCAUCCUGCAAGGUCUGCAGGAUGCCAAUGGUAACUACACCAGACAGACUGACAUUCUGCAGGCGUUCUCCGAAGAGACAGAGGAGGGCCGGCUUGAUUCUCUCACAGAAGUGGACGACUCUGGGCAGUUAACGAUCAAAUGCUCUCAAAAUUACUUAUCUCUGGAUUGUGGCAUUACUGCGUUUGAACUGUCCGACUACAGUCCAAGUGAGGAUCUGCUUGGUGGCCUGGGUGAUAUAACCACUAGCCAGACCAAAGCCAAACCUUUUGACUCCUGGAGCUAUAGUGAGAUGGAAAAGGAGUUCCCGGAGCUCAUCCGAAGUGUUGGGUUGCUCACAGUGGCCACUGACCCUGUCCCUUCUGACUGUGAGGCGGCCAACGAGGAGUCACCUCAAGUGUCUCUUUCAGAAGAGAGCAAAGGUGGGCAGGAGGAACACAGUGCUUUGGCAGCUGGGGAGCAACCGGAAACAACAUCUGGGAUGCCUUCCUUAGGGGACGCCCUGACAAACGCUGCUGAACACCCUUCAGAGACGGCAAAGCAAGACCCUAGCUCCUCCCCACAGCUCGGCGCAAAGAAAAACCAGCCUGCUCCUUGUGAAACUACAACACCCAAGAGAUCCAUCCGCGAUUGCUUUAAUUAUAACGAGGACUCUCCCACACAGCCCACAUUGCCCAAAAGAGGGCUUUUUCUGAAAGAAACUCGUGCGAGUGAGCGGAAGGGCAGUGACGGCAGGAGGCAGAUGGUGGAUCUGAAGCCAGAGCUGAGCAGAAGCACUCCUUCCCUGGUGGACCCCCUGGACAGAUCCAAGCUCUGUUUAGUGUUACAGUCUUCCUACCCCAGCAGCUCCUCUGCGGCCAGCCAGUCCUAUGAAUGUUUGCACAAGGUGGGGAUUGGCAAUAUUGAAAGCCUAGUCAGAAGUCACAUCAAAGAGAUGUCUUCCAGCUUGGGAAGGCUUACUGACUGCCACAUAGAGAAAUGUCGGCUGAAAAAGCCCCACAAGACCUCGGCGGAGGGGCCCCAGUGCCGAACACCUAAACGAGGAACUGGUUCGGGAAAGCAAGCCGAAAUCACCAGGGGCUCAGCAGUGCCGAGCACGGUGCCUUCUGGGGCUCCUAAAGACGCAGUGAGACCAGAAACGGAUUCGGCGUCCGCAUCCUCAGAUGAGCGGCGCCAUCAGAGAAACUGGAGCGGGCACUCGCCAGGGCCGUCGAAGGCUUCCAGCUCACACCCUUGCAGUCACAGCAGCGAGUCCUCUGUUGGCUCAGACAACAUCACAUCUCUGUCUCCAGUUCCUCUUCUUUCACAGAGUGAAAGCCGAAAAGAUGGCUCCCCUGCUCCGAGUGACAUCACCCAGAACGGUCAGGGGGUGGAGGCCUGGUACGGCUCUGAUGAAUACCUGGCGUUGCCAUCUCACCUGAAACAGACAGAGGUGUUGGCUCUGAAGCUGGAAAAUCUCACCAAGCUUCUGCCUCCGAAACCCAGAGGGGAGGCCAUCCAGAACAUCGACGACUGGGAACUGUCGGAAAUGAAUUCCGAUUCCGAAAUCUAUCCAACAUACCACAGCCAGAAAACACACACAAGGCUAGGCCGGGUGUCCCCGAGCUCAUCAAGUGACAUAGCUUCUUCUCUCGGGGAGAGCAUUGAAUCUGGGCCCCUGAGUGACAUUCUUUCCGACGAGGACUUAUGUGUGCCCCUCUCCGGCGUGAGAAAAUACGCGGAUGAGAAAUCAGAGAGGCCCUCGUCCUCAGAGAAGCAUGAGAGGCAUUCUGCUACAAAGUCAGCUUUAAUCCAGAAACUAAUGCAAGAUAUUCAACACCAAGACAACUAUGAAGCCAUAUGGGAAAGGAUAGAGGGGUUUGUGAACAAGCUGGAUGAAUUCAUUCAGUGGCUGAACGAAGCCAUGGAGACCACCGAGAACUGGACUCCUCCCAAGGCGGACACGGACAGCCUUCGGCUCUACCUGGAGACCCACUUGAGUUUUAAGUUGAACGUGGACAGUCACUGUGCUCUCAAGGAAGCUGUGGAGGAAGAAGGACAUCAACUCCUGGAGCUCAUUGUGUCUCACAAAGCAGGACUGAAGGACAUGCUGAAGAUGAUUGCCAGUCAAUGGAAGGAGCUGCAGAGGCAAAUCAAACGGCAACACAGCUGGAUUCUCAGAGCUCUGGACACCAUCAAAGCAGAGAUACUGGCUACUGAUGUGUCUGUGGAGGACGAGGAGGGGACGGGAAGCCCCAAGGCCGAGGUUCAGCUCUGCUACCUGGAAGCACAAAGGGACGCUGUGGAGCAGAUGUCUCUCAAGCUGUACAGCGAGCAGUAUACCAGCGGUAGCAAGAGGAAAGAGGAGUUCGCUGACAUGUCCAAAGUGCAGUCCGUGGGAAGCAACGGGCUUCUGGACUUUGAUUCAGAAUAUCAGGAGCUCUGGGAUUGGCUGAUUGACAUGGAGUCCCUCGUGAUGGACAGCCACGACCUGAUGAUGUCAGAGGAACAGCAGCAGCAUCUCUACAAGCGGUACAGUGUGGAAAUGUCCAUCAGGCACCUGAAAAAGACAGAGCUGCUUAGCAAGGUUGAAGCGCUGAGGAAAGGUGGCGUCUCUCUACCAAAUGAUCUCCUGGAAAAAGUGGAUUCAAUUAAUGAAAAAUGGGAACUGCUUGGGAAAACCCUAAGAGAGAAGAUCCAGGACACGAUGGCAGGCCACAGCUCAGGCCCCCGGGACCUGCUGUCUCCUGAAAGUGGAAGCCUGGUCAGGCAGCUGGAGGUCAGGAUCAAGGAACUGAAGAGGUGGCUCAGGGACACGGAGCUUCUCAUCUUCAAUUCCUGUCUGAGACAAGAGAAGGAAGGAGCCCAUGCCGAGAAACAUCUCCAGUACUUUAAGUCCCUCUGUCAUGAGAUCAAGCAGCGUCGCAGAGGGGUGGCCUCCAUUCUGCGGUUGUGCCAACAUCUUCUGGAUGACCGGGACACCUGCAAUCUCAAUGCGGACCACCAGCCCAUGCAGCUGAUCAUUGUAAACCUUGAAAGAAGGUGGGAAGCCAUUGUCAUGCAAGCCGUCCAGUGGCAAACACGGCUCCAGAAGAAGAUGGGCCAAGAAUCCGAGACUUUGAAUGUGAUCGAUCCUGGCUUGAUGGACCUGAAUGGAAUGAGUGAAGACGCCCUAGAAUGGGAUGAAACAGAUAUAAGUAAUAAGCUAAUUAGUCUGCACGAAGAAUCAAAUGACCUUGAUCAAGACCCAGAGCCUAUCAUACCCUCCCUGAAGCUUGAAGAGACACACCACCAGGACCCUGGCUAUGAGGAUGAGGCAGGUGACGUGGGGGGGUCCCAGUAUACCUCAAACAUCACUGCACCUUCCAGCCCACACAUUUACCAAGUGUACAGUCUUCACAACGUUGCGCUCCACAAGGACAGCCACACUCCGUUUCUGAAAAGCAGCCCAAAGCUUACAGGCACAGCACAGCCUGGCGUUUUAACUAAGAGCCUCAGUAAAGAUUCUUCAUUUUCAUCCACAAAAUCCUUGCCAGAUCUUUUAGGGGGCUCCAGUUUGGGGAGGCCUUGCCCGUGUCACAGUGGAGACGUGAGCCAGAAUUCAGGCAGUGAGAGUGGAAUUGUCAGUGAAGGAGACAACGAAAUGCCUACCAGCUCUGAAAUGUGUUUGUUCGGUAUGGUAGAUGGGUCCCCAAGUAACCCUGAAACUGAACAUCUGGACCCACAAAUGGGAGAUGCAGUCAACGUGUUAAAGCAAAAAUUUAAAGAUGAGGAGGAAUGCAUUAUGCUUCCAAAUAUCUCUCAGUCAUCCAUUUCACCAGUGGGUUGUGUAAAUGGAAAAGCUGGAGAUUUAAACAGUGUUACCAAACACACCACUGAUUGUUUAGGAGAAGAAUUACAAGGAAAACAUGAUGUGUUUACAUUUUAUGAUUACUCAUACCUCCAAGGCUCAAAACUCAAAUUACCAAUGAUAAUGAAACAGUCACAAAGUGAAAAGGCACAUGUGGAGGACCCUCUUCUCUGUGGUUUUUAUUUUGAUAAAAAAUCCUGCAAACCUAAACAUCAGGCUUCGGAGUUACAACCAGAUGCGCCUCCCCAUGAAAGGAUAUUGGCAAGUGCACCCCAUGAAAUGGGUCGUAGCUCUUAUAAAAGCAGUGACAAAGAGAAGACAUUCACAGGCAUUCAGAAUGCCAGACAGCUCUCCCUUUUAUCUCGUAGCUCAUCUACAGAGUCCCUUCCUCCAGGGGGUGAUUUGUUUGGGUUAGGUAUCUUUAAAAAUGGCAGUGACAGUCUCCAGCGAAGCACUUCUUUAGAAAGUUGGUUGACAUCCUAUAAGAGCAAUGAAGAUCUCUUUAGCUGUCACAGCUCUGGGGACAUAAGUGUGAGCAGCGGCUCAGUUGGUGAGCUGAGUAAGAGGACAUUAGACCUCCUGAAUCGUCUAGAGAAUAUCCAGAGCCCCUCGGAGCAAAAGAUAAAGCGAAGUGUUUCUGAUAUCACUCUCCAAAGCAGUUCCCAAAGGAUGUCCUUUACUGGCCAGAUGUCGUUGGAUGUCGCUUCUUCUAUCAAUGAAGAUUCACCAGCAUCUCUUACAGAACUGAGUAGCAGUGAUGAGCUUUCUCUUUGUUCAGAAGAUAUUGUGUUACACAAAAACAAGAUCCCAGAAUCAAAUGCAUCAUUCAGGAAGCGCCUGAACCGCUCGGUGGCCGAUGAAAGUGACGUCAACGUUAGUAUGAUUGUUAACGUCUCGUGCACCUCUGCUUGUACUGAUGAUGAGGACGACAGUGACCUCCUCUCCAGCUCCACUCUCACCUUGACUGAAGAAGAGCUACGCCUCAAAGAUGAGGACGAUGAUUCCAGUAUUGCAACAGAUGAUGAAAUCUAUGAAGAAAGCCAUCUGAUGUCCGGGCUGGACUACAUAAAGAAUGAACUACAGACCUGGAUAAGACCGAAAUUUUCCUUGACAAGAGAAAAGAAACGGUGCAGUGUCACUGAUGAAAUGAAGGGUAAUAAAGACGGAGGCCAAAGUGAGAAGAUCAACCCCUCAGACACCCUGAAUAUCGAGGCCCUUCUAAAUGGCUCCAUAAAAUGUCUCUCUGAAAACAAUGGAAAUGGGAAGAAUUCACCCAGAACUCAUGACUUAGGAACAGAAGGUGAAAACAAGAAAAAUACUUAUGAAGUUAGUAAAGAUCCACGUGUGGCUGACAUGGAAAAUGGCAAUAUUGAAAGUACUCCAGAAAGACAAAAGGAGAAGCCGAAUGGAAUUUCAGAGGCAUCAGGGAACCUCGGUUUAAAUGUAGAAAAGAGUUCCGAAUCCAAGCACAGUGAGUGUAAAGCACUGACAGACAGUUUAGAUGAUUCAAAUGUUGCUGGAAAGGAAUUUGGCCCCCCAGAUGAUAGAUGUCUUCCACAGAUAGGUCCAAACCUCCACCAUUCUGAAAAUCCAAGUAGCCCCCGCACGCCCGUUGAGAACACUUGCCCAGAACUGUUGUUGGAAACCAGGGUUGGAAGCAGACAAGACAGCGGUGGACUAAAAUCUUCAUCUGAUGAUGCACCAGGUGGGGCUAGGAAACCUGCUGGUUGCUGUCUCCUCGAACCGAAUGAGACGGAGGAAAGCGCUUCUCUCAGCAACAGCACUUCCUGUUGCAACUGCCAGCCAGAUGUUUCCCAUCAAAAGGAUGCUGAAGAUGGUUCAGUACAUGACUUUGUUAAGGAAAUCAUUGACAUGGCAUCAACGGCCCUCAAAAGUAAAUCACAACCCGAAAGUGAGGUGGCUGCUCCCACUUCGUUAACUCAAAUCAAGGAGAAAGUCCUAGAACAUUCUCAUCGGCCCAUGCACCUGAGAAAGGGGGACUUUUAUUCCUACUUAUCACUGUCAUCCCAUGACAGUGACUGUGGGGAGGUCACCGAUUACAUAGAUGAGAAGAGCAGCACCCCAUUGCCACCAGACACCGUGGACUUUAGUUUAGAUGACAAGGAAGACAUCGAAUGUUUCUUUGAAGCUUGUGUUGAGGAUGAACUUGUUGACGAGAAAGCCUGUGUCUCUAGUGCCCUUCCAACCGAAUCAGCAGUUCUGGAUGAAGCUGCUACGCCAGUACCAGGGACAGCAAGCUCUCCUGUGCUCAAUGAGGUUGCUUUCUCACACGAUGAGACAGAUAGGGUGGCUCCUUCAGGACCUUCCCCUCAGAAAGGAGCUGACAAUGGAAAGGAAGUAGAUGAUGCGUCCCAAGCAUCCCAGGGCUGUGCAGAAAGCUCAGACCUUACCACUCCUUCAGGACAGACCAGUAAAGAUGGAAGUUCAAGAAACCAAGGCGAAUCAGGAAAGCCGGAAGAAAAUAAUGCUACUUCAACUAAAUCGAAAAGUCCAGCUCUCCCAUUGAAUGCAAAACAGCCAAAAGCCAAGGCAAUGCUCUAUCCCAGCCCGCAAACUUUAACCUGUAAAGAAAAGCUUGUAAGCUUUCAUGAAGAUCGACAUAGAAACAUGCGUAGGUAGAAUGUAAUGCCCCCAAGCAUGGAAAUCAUCUCAUUGAAAGAUCUUUAGUAGCUGACCCCGCACGGCAGCUUCCUGAGAGGACUUCGUUCUGCAGAUGAUGGAGACACUUCUGAAACCUUUUCCUGUCAUCUUUUUGUUUCCUGUAGAUAGCCUGGCUGCAGCUCAGGGCUGGCCUGAUCCACCCUGGGCUGGUCUUGGGUCCCAUCACUGCCGCCUGUCACAUUGACUUUCUGAAGAUGAACCUUCCCUCUGAGCGCGGUCUGUCCACGUGGGCCUUGUGAACUGGAUGUGUGCAUUGCUUCUCUUUAGGUGAUCUCUUAUUUCCACAAAGCUGCUUGCUCUCCCAUGGAUUCCUGUCCCAAGCUACCUCUGCCAGCCCUCUCUCUCCAGCAAGACUUCGUUUGCCUCUCCCCUCCUGCCUCCUCCUUAAGGCUCUGUAGUUCACCAAAUCGAUGGUCCAUUAAACCCACUGGAAUGGUACCCCUCCCUGCCAGUACUUGACCAAUUGUAUGUUUUGCUCUGAAAGUUUUCAUGGUAUUAUACCUAUGUUUCUUGAAAGAGAUCUACCUAAAAAGCCAACCCUUGAUUGGAUUGUAGUAUAGAGGAGACAUAUUGGUCCUUAGUACAAAAUUAAGCGACAUUUAAAAGCGCCAUUUUCAUUAUUUCUUUUUAAUAAUAAUAAUCUAUGCAGCACUUCAAGAAACAACUAUAACAGUGUUGUAUAUUGUAAACUGGUACAUUCUACUAUUUAGUUUGUUUUUGGUUUCUAUGCUUCUUGAGGUGGUAACGCGAAAAAACGUUUUUUAAAACAGUGUGCCUUGCUGUAUUUCUUAUACCAUUAAUUAAAAAGCUGCUUUCAUGGUAAUAGUAUGUUGGUGUGAGAGGAGGAAAUAGCAAGGUUAAGAUGUGUGAAUAAUUUCUGUAUAUAUGUAUAAGCUAGUACAAACACUGAUGUAUGACAGUAUAAAAUGCUUUCAUGUUCGUGAUGUCAGUGAUGUGGAGAAUAUAAGCCUUAAACCCAUUUGAUUGCAUGAUAAUUAAAAUUGGCAUAAUAAAAUAGCUUAUGGGGGGGAAGGAAAAUUAACAAUCUCUUCUACCUGUGUUCUUUACCAAAUUCUUGCAUCUGGUUCUGAAAAAAAAAAAAAAAAACAUGUAUCAGCUUCCAAAAUAUCCAUAUUGCACAAAAGGCUUACGUUGCUUAAACUCCAGACCAGGCCUGUAGCCUUCACAGCUUUCAGAGUCUUUCUGCUCACUUACAGUGAGCAUCCUGAAAUAGCGGGUGUUCAAAGGCCAUUUCCCUACAUCAAAACCACUUUAUACUACAUGCUUUUAUUUAUACUUGUUAAUGAUUUAAAGUUGUGUUUGGAGAUCUCCUACAUGUCCUAAUUUAUUUUAAAUAAUUAUUUGAAUGGGUUUGGUGGAUGGUAAAAAGUAUAGAAAAAUGAGUAUUAUUUUAUUUAAACUGUAGAUUUCAGGUGUAUUUAUUUUGUUAAGAAAAUCAGCAGAGAAAUAUUCCAUUUGGUAUUUUUUUUUUUUUUGGCUUGAAAAAUGCAGCUUUUAGUUUAUAGCAUCCCUCCUACUAAAGUGCCUGACACAGUAGAUAUUCCACAGAAUCUGCUGAAUCAGAGUAGAGAGUGGGGUAACAUGGGAUAUAUGUAUAAAAUCCUUAUUCUGAGAUUCCUGCAUUAAAACAUAUGACUAAAUAAAGAUAUGCAAAGUGAAGCCACACACAGUAUAUAAUUAGAUUUCAAAAAGGAAAGAGAACAUGACAGAAGUUUGUAGCCACAGAAAUGACAAUCAUUCAUUCACCAGAUCACUCAUCAGCAUCUUUUGUCUGCAAGUCACUAUUCUAGAUUCAGGGAAUGCAGCUAUGAACGAACGAUGGGCAGCCUUUGGAGGCUGACCUAUGUUAGAGACAAAAUGGCUGACCACACAGACGACACGCCAUGGCGUCCUACAGGUGAGGGAGAAUGCAAGUGUGGGGAAAGACUCACAAUGAGAGAGACAGCAGCGAGGGAAAGGGGCAAAGAGAAAGGUUAGGAGAGAGUAGAGGGUAGAGGGUAGAAUACCAGCAGGGGUUCACUAGGGUGUGAUAAGGAAAAGGCCGAAUGGAGAGGACUGAAAGGUGUUUACGGAGUUGAGUUGGAGCUUUGAGUACAGUGUACUAGGUGUACUUGUAGUUUAUUGGGGGCUUUAUUUUAUUUUAUUUUAUGAUUGGAACUUUACUAGCACCAUCCCAAGAAUACUUAAAUAUCACUUGUCUGUAAUUUCACCGCCUUAAUAAUUUUGUGUGGGUUUUGCCCCUUAUAACCUUUCCUGCACAUAUUUUUUAAAUGGAUGGUUCGUUCUAGGCUUUUGAAUAUGUAGUGACUUCUUCCAGAGGAGUCUUUGGGAGACAUCUAGUUAUAGUGUUGAUGAGGAUUGUGAGGGGAAGAUGUUAGACAUAAGCGUGUGGUAGAGGGGGAAGUGAGAGAAAAUUAGCUAGACUCAAGGCAGUCAUAGAAUGCACAGGGAGAGUAGCCUGAGAUACAGAGAAAGACAGACCCUAGAGACAUGGAAAUAUUUGGACAUCUUUGGACCUGUUUUAGGAUAUGGCACUAUUUUAUAUAUGGAGACAACCUGAAUUUCUCUUGGUCAGUAAUUAAUAUCAAGUCUGUGUUCACUGGGUAGACAUUCAAAGAAAUAACGGGCCAUGGUGUGUUCUGUUGGCCUCCUAUGUACUCAUGAAGACUUAGGAUUUGAAAAUAUUUAUUAAUUAUCUACCUAACUUUAACACCAAAUCUUUAGGUUGACUAUUGGGUUCAUUAAUGCCUUUUCCAGUCAGAGGGAUGGAGGCGCCUCAGUUUCUCAUCCUGUGUAGAUGCUACCUUCCCAGUUACCCUCAAAAACAGCCCAUUUGGUGUGUAUUAACUCAAACAACUCUAUCUACACAUGUCCCAUGACAAUGGCUUGUUAUUUGGUAAAGCAAAGUGUCCCUCUGCUGGGCAUGUGUUUCUGUUAGAAUGUGCUUCCUUUGGUUGCUAAUGUCCACAGGGUGCCCCUCCCCCACUCUGGGUUUUGCUCAUUGGUCCUGUGUCUCCUGCAGAGCCAGCAGCCCAGAGGACCCCUUCUGUCCCAUGGUCACCCUGCAGGUAAUUGAGGACAGUUCCUCUCUCUCCUAAGCACUGUUCCUCCAACUGCCCUUAAUAUGUCCUGAUUUCAGAUCCAUUUCAACCCGACUGAAUGUUAACAGACGGAACCCUUGAAGUCAAGGGACUGUCUUCAUCAUACAUGUAGAGAAGCGUCUGGACAUUUAAGUGCUGAGUUUUCUCUAAAGUAUAUUCAAGAUAUAUGUUUAUUCUAUUAUUGUAAAUUUCAAUAAAUAAACAAAUAAACAAGUGAAUCAAAUAAGGA